UCUCUCAGUGCUGAAAUGAAUAACCAGAGAGAAAACCUCUCAGAACCAAAUCUGGUUAAGAACUCAAGAAGACAACUGUCGAAAGAGAAGCUCAUUGCUGGGAUUUUGGGACUCUCCUGCCUUGUCUUGACCUAUAUUGUAGCAAGAAUGAUAAGUUCUCUUUCCUGUAUUAGAACACCACAGCAGGACAAUUCCUACCCAGUUACAAGAAUCCAGAAAUCUGAUCCAUGUGGUCAUUGUCCAAAAGAGUGGAUUACAUAUUCCAAAACUUGCUAUUACAUUAGCACUGAAAGAAAACCAUGGAGUGAGAGUCGGUUGUCCUGUGCUUCUAAGAACUCUACCCUGCUCUCCAUAGAGGAUGAAGAGGAAAUGGUCGUCAGCGUUUUCAGCAAGUGACAAGAAUUGUCCAUUUUU